CGCUCCGCCCCGCCCCGUGUGGGUGACGGGAGGGGGAGGGGCCAGGCAGAGCUGAUCCCACGUGUGACGCUCGCAUUCCCGGCUCAGUAAUAUUCUCUUAGCUCUGACAGUGUGUGUGUGUGUGUUAGUUACUGGCCAUAGUUGGGUUAGCCAUGGAGGGAGACGGGAGCCAAGCCACAUCUGGAAGCCCUAACGAUUCGCAACACGACCCGGGUAAGAUGUUUAUCGGUGGCCUCAGCUGGCAAACUUCACCAGACAGCCUUAGAGACUAUUUUAGUAAAUUUGGAGAAAUCAGAGAAUGUAUGGUGAUGAGAGAUCCCACAACAAAACGCUCCAGGGGAUUUGGCUUCGUUACGUUUGUGGAUGCGGCCAGUGUAGAUAAGGUCCUAGCUCAACCUCACCACGAAUUAGACUCAAAGACGAUUGAUCCUAAAGUUGCCUUUCCAAGACGCGCUCAACCCAAGAUGGUCACAAGAACAAAGAAAAUAUUUGUAGGCGGAUUAUCAGCUAACACAGUAGUUGAAGAUGUGAAGCAGUAUUUUGAACAGUUUGGCAAGGUAGAGGAUGCUAUGCUUAUGUUUGAUAAAACUACAAAUAGACAUAGAGGAUUCGGCUUUGUAACUUUCGAGAACGAGGAUGUGGUGGAAAAGGUCUGCGAGAUUCAUUUUCACGAAAUCAAUAAUAAAAUGGUAGAAUGUAAGAAGGCCCAGCCGAAGGAAGUGAUGUUUCCUCCAGGGACGCGGGGGAGAGCCAGAGGGCUGCCCUACACCAUGGACGCCUUUAUGCUGGGAAUGGGCAUGCUGAGUUAUCCAAACAUUGUAGCAACGUAUGGCCGAGGAUACACUGGUUUCGCCCCAAGCUACAGCUACCAAUUCCCUGGCUUCCCGGCAACAGCGUACAGUCCAGUAGCAGCGGCGGCAGCAGUGGCGGCAGCGCGUGGCUCAGGUAGGGGGGCCCGUGGAAGAGGCGGCUACGCAGCAUACCCUCAGAGCACAGGGCCAGGCUUCCCCGAUUACGGUUUCUAUUCCUCGCCAAGCGACCAACGGGGGCCCCCCUUCUCCUUUGCGGACUAUGGCUCCCUGGGCCCCCAGGCGGCUCAGCUGCUGCAAAGCGAGCAUGCCACAUCAGCCUGCAACUCCCCUCUCCAGCACCUGGCCAGCCCGGAUCAGUAUAAGAGCCCAGGCACCAACCCACCCCGGCCUGGAGCCUUUCCUGGAGCCAGCAGUCCCGGGCCAGUGGCUGACCUGUAUGGCCCCACCAGCCAGGACUCCGGUGUGGGCAACUACAUUAGCGCUGCUAGUCCCCAGCCCGGCUCUGGCUUCGGACACAGCAUUGCUAGUUUAUCAGGAGGCCCGGGGAAGACUGGCCGGAGUUUCUAACUGGUUCUGUGUACAGGUAAAGGCCAUUAAACUUCAAGCACUACAGCGCUGAACGGGAAUCUAAAGCUGAGAUGGCGCCACACGAAGAACAAACCGAAACGUCUGAAUCAUCUCAGAAAGAAGAAAAAAACAAAAAAAACAACUAAACAAUCUGCUGUACUAUACUGAAAACCUGGCUUUUGAAUAUUUUAUCCUAGUGUAGCUCUGACCUUGAAUUUUAUUUGAUUUUUUCCUUUACUGUUUUUCCUUUUAGAAGCAUUUUAGUCAUCUUUUAUUGUGUACACGUUGAAUCAAGCAACGUUUGUUUGAGUUUCUAGAUGUUCUUCAUUGUUCUUGAAUGUUCUCUGAUGAGGGCGUAAAGCGCGAAAACAUAAAAUGUCAUGUUUUGUUUUGGUAGUAAUAUUCCCAUAGCAGUUUUGUUUCACAGCCCUCGUCUAUCACGUUUCAUACAAGCAAGAAAACGGAUUGAAAUGACUCGGCUUGAAAUGGUGACAUUUUUAAUUCAAGCCUAAACCGCAAUGAGUGGGUAACUCAAAAAAAAAAAUCUUAGUAGCUCUGUUCUAUGUUUAUUGUGAUGUCUUGUUAACCAUGAUUACCUAUUUUGGGCAAUAAGAGGACUACAAUAUUUUCACAGUCCUUUUUUAUAAAUGUCAUUUUUGUUGUCGAUGAAAAAAAAAAAGAAAGAAAAGAAAAAGCUUUCCUUUUAAUACUUUGUGAAAUGAGAUUUAAAAAGAAAAGAAUUCUGAGACUGUAUAUAUUAUUCUGUUCACUGCGUCAAACUGUUUCUGAGAGAGAACCAUAUUUUUGUGAUGGUGUCACCGAGGUUGUAUCGUGCGCAAACCGAAAUAUGUCAGUGCAAAAAUAUCUUCGAGGCUCAAUGCAGUAACCGAGGUCCAUCUGUAGCACAAAGGCCGUGAUUUACCCCAGUACGGACGAAACUCAAUCGAACACUGUUAGCUCGCUUUGUAAAUACCGUCGGCUUUACAACUGUGCAGGUGUCAUACCAGCAUAUGGAUUAGAUAGUACGUUAAGAUGUGCACAGCUUACAAAGACAAUAUACUUUACAAGGUAUACAGAAAUCAGCAUUGUAACAAAAGAAAAAAAAUCACGACAAAAUCCAAAGCACACAUGAACUAUGAUUUCAAACCGUGUCGAGACAUUUCAUGUAAGCGGUUCCUUUGGCGUUCUGGUGUGAGCUUCUUUUUCCCAGCGCGUGUCGAGAUUUUUACACGAUCCGAACGAUUCGAAUAACAAAGGCAAUAGUUCAGAAUGUUUUGAAAUUGCUCUACAAUUAGGAAAAAAACGAUAUUUUCUACCAUUACCUCAGUCCUGUGAGAAUUACUUUAAAGGAGAUUACAAAUUAAUUUAUUUUAGCCUGAGACAGAUAUUGAAAAAGAUAUUAAAGUGUUGUUUUGAAAUUAAGUAAAUCAUUGCACUGUGAGAGAGAAUUUAUCAUUUUCUAUUUGCACAUGUGAACUGACAGUCUCUAACGUGGGUCAUGUGAAGGACCGCUGUGGAAGCCGUUUGUUUCUUUCCACACGGGAUAACAUUUACAAAUCUCCAGUCUUGGAUUGCAUUGAUUCGAAGACUGUACUUUUAAAUAAUCUCUUUCCAGGGAUUUUAUUCUAGAAUAUCAGAGAUGACAGAUGAGUUUAUUGGUAGCAAUAGUUAAUUUCCUCAGAAACACUGAAGCUGAUUGAAACCAGUAGCUGCUACACACAUUUGUUGUACAUGUGGGGACUGGAUUUGAUGAGACACAAAUGGCAUUUAGAAAUAUGAAUGAUAUUUACAAUAUGAACUGACUGAUGUAUGCUGUUAUUCGAUCUUGUUGAAAACAUUUUAUUUUCGUUUAUUUAAUUUUUUGUUUGUUUUUUUUUGUUCAUUUCACUAAACUAACAGAUGAGGCAGAAUGCUGGAUUCUUUCUCAAGAAGGAGAUGUGAUAAAAGUAAUGGGAAAAAAAAGACGAAAAGAACUUUGUGCUAACUGUUUGAGCUGUUUUAAAAAAGACAAACGUAUAAAAAAAAGAAAGAAAGAAAAUUAUCCCGAACAUGUUUUGAAUUUAAAUAGGGAUGGAUUUUUAUCAAUAUUUUUGUGGAUGUUAAUGAUUAUACUAAAUAUAACUGACAAUAAUACAGAUAUUAUGUACUGUAUUUAUCAAUUGUUUCUCUUCAUUCCCUGUCACCUCAUUCAGUAAUCUUAUGUUGAUCAUUGUAUUUUAGUAGUGUGUUAAAGAAAAAAAAAAAAAAUACAGGAAUAUGACUUUACCUUGUAAAAGAGUGCUGUCUUGAUGCCAGUGUAGUGGUCUAUACACUUCUUGGUUGGUAUUUUUCACAUUUCCCCCCUCUCAUUCUCCUUUUGUCGUUUUGCCCUUUCUCUAUAUCUCACUCUCUCUUUAGUGAGUAGUCGUAGGUGUUAUGUACUUAAUGUUAAGAUGUAGAGGUAUUCAUUAGCAAUCGUAGGACCAGUAAGGAUAGAACUUUCUCUUUAUAAUCAUUUAAAGACAAAAAGACAAAAAAUGCUGAGCGUUAUUUCCUUAGAAAUUUUUCUUUCUUCUUUUUUCUCCUUUUUGUUCCACUGUUUUGCUGGUCUCACAUGGUUUCAACUAACCAAAGCUCUCACUGAUGAAAUCUAGGAGAAAGAAAUUGCUGUACGACAGAAUUGUAAUCAAGGCAUUAAUUGGAUCCCCACCCUUGAAUGUUUUAAAAGGGGUGUGCCAUACUACCUUAAAUGCUAACGCUAGAUAUGCAAAACCGUUUUUACUUUCGUUCGUUUUUAAAAGGGACGCAAGCUAUAAUUAUGAAAAGGGUGAUUUUAUUACAUGAAUGAAAAAUUCAUAAAUAUUUUUUUAGUAAGUUCUAACAAAGUACUGAUGAUAUAGGCUAAUCAUUAUAGAUAUGGAUAAAACUGUCAUAGGUUUUUGAUAUCCCAGUGGCCUACGGCGCUAUUUUUUAUUUAUUAAUUUUUUUUAAAUACUCCUUUUUUUGGAUUUAUUUUUAUGCCUAGAUUAAUACAUACUUCAGUUUUGAGUCACCUGGGACAUAGAAUAUGAUUGUUUUUGUACUUUUUAAUUGCAUUGCCAGCUUUUCAUUUUAAUUCAGCAUCUACAUUCGACACCAGACAGCACGUCACACUAAUUAGCUUGACUUUACUGUAAAUCCAGUGUCACUCUGAAUCUGUAUUCCUGAAUCACAUCUGUUCUCAGGGAUAUCAAACAUGAGCCACCUUCGCAAGGGAGAUUUUUAUUCUACUAAUCAGUUACGAUCAGCACAACUUUUAAUGAAAGGUGUCUAACUCAAGUUUAUUCAAUACAUUUGAGCGAAAUUUUAAGGUGCUGUCGGGAUGAAACGUGCACGGCAUUUUCUUCCUGAAGACAUCUUUAUAAAAUGCAACGCUAGGCGGUUAGUUGUUCUUAGUUGGACGUCUCUUUCUUAACAAGAUGAGUAUCCAGCAUCCAUUUAGGCUUUGGUACACAUUUAGAUGGUCCGCGAUUAAGGCAAAUGUUUAACAGUAGAUGAAGCACAUUUCACUUCUGCUGUGACUCUUGAUUAAAAUGAAGGCUGGCAACUCUUUUAAACAGUCUUUUCCAUUCGUAUCCGUUAACUUACCCAGUUUUUCCCCUAAUUUGAUCUUGUAGCUUGGACUUUAAGGUAGCAUGGCUCUGUUCCCAUCAUUUUGUUUUCCAUGGACAGCAGUUUACAGCGGAUGAAUGUUACACAUCUUGCUAGACUAGUUAAAUCAUUGGAAAAUUGUUGGUUUAACAAAAAAAAAA